AUGAGCGACUCGGAAGAUACCAGCAUGUGUGAUUCAGAGUCGGAUGUCAGUAUGAGUGACGCCGAAUCCGAAGCUACCGGACCUCCAACCAUUUUCAUACCCGAUCCCCCAACACUGCCUGCACUUUACAAAGACGAUCAAGGUGUUGUUCAUACGACCGACUGGUUAAGCCAUGUGCAUCAUUUCGUGGCAAAAUUCAACAAGGAUGGUACUGGCUUUGACGUUCGUCAAGAAAAUGGCGCAAACCCGUUCGAAAUUCAAGACGAUGGCGGAGACGAUGACUCAGACGAGGAGUCAGACGAGGAGUCAGACGAUGACGAUGAAGGUAUCGCUGCUGAUUGGCCCUACCAUCUAGGGCCACCAGUUAGAAGACCAGGGGCGAACCGAGUGAUUGUCACUUGGGGUUUGCAGCUCUUGGAGGCAGCUGGCUUCAUCAACUACGAACAAGACGAUGCCAAUGCGUAUAUGGAUCCUGAGGGCCGAUUCGCCAAAACCAGAAACCCACUCAACUUGGACGCCGAGAGUAUUCAUCCGAUCUUUAGAAAAGACAUGUUUCGAUAUCUGAGUGACUAUGGAUACGAACUCAUCCUUCCGGCUAUACUUCUUGCGAGCGCCUGGCUCGAUGAUCCCACCACUUUGAACUUUUUCUAUGGUGUUUGGGCUAAGGAGCAGCAUACGUCGUUCUGGGAUGUUGAUCUCGGGCAUUGCACAAUGGUACACGUCCCUGAGAGUCUUUCAGAAGAGAACCAACGUGAGACUCACGAGAGAAUUGUGGCCAUGCGCAACUGGACAAGCUGGAACUUUCUAGAUUCUGCUCGUUGCACUUAUUUUGAAAAGGCACUUGCGUUUACGGCAGCAAAGGGGGAUGCCAACAAAAGCUUAUCCCUGCCUCGGGACCGUAANGUGAUUACAGAGCAAGGUUUCAGAAGGAAACUAACACAUGACAGAGAUACUCAUCAGUCGCAAAUCUUUCUUAAUAUGCUAACUGUUCGCCUCUUGGGUCUUUUCGACGACCACCUUUCCACUGGUAGUCAAGAAUAUGAGAAGAUGCUUGAGGAUACUUUAGACCUCGCUGAAAUCCUCGAAAGCCACAAGCUCGUCGAAUUUGACCUGAAUUCAGCCGUCAAACGUACGUAUUUCAUGCUGGCCGUGAUGAUGAUUCAUGAGUUUGCACAUGCUUUUAACCGUGCCUACUAUAACGCGCCAUACUUCCUGUUUGCAAGCCCCGAAGAGCGCAAAGAGCCUUGGGUGGCUGGCAACGUGAACAACGAAAUGGGAUACUCGCUAGUCAAACACAUUCUUGGUGAAAAGCCUUGGGCCAUGACCAUCUGGAGUAUCCCUAUGAGUCAACAGGAGGUGAACCUGCAGAACACGUUAUGUCCUUUCGGACUGUUUACCUUGAGGAGAUGGGAUGCGGGCCGUGGCAAGAAACCAGACGUCAGGGAAUAUGUUUUGCCAGACUUGCCGGCAGAGGCACUGGAACCUCGGGUUACGUAUCCUCUGCCGCAGAAACAUAUUCACAAUCUGUACACGAAGGAAAUGUGGACGCAGCAUGUACCUCGAUACGGUCUGGCAGCACUCAAAUUGCCACAACCAGCCGCAUGGAGCGUGACGAACGCUCCAAGAUAG